CUGAAGGUGUUUGCACUAUCAAGAUAAAAAAAGUCAUAACUGCGUUUGCGCAAGAAUAUGCGUUAAAAAUAUAUUGUUUUCACAAAUUGAGGUAAUUUAUAUUAAUUUGCUUUUAUCUAUAUCAAGAAAACAUUACUCAAUUGUUGAAAUAUAGCCGUCUUUACAAUAACUACCGGCGCAUGAACAUAUCGAUCGUUGAAAAUUGACGGAGAAUGUCGCGAGAAAUAAUUUGAGAAUUCAAAGGUUUCGUCUGACAGUUACAAUGUCGCAGUUCUCGUGUAAAAUGCACACGACAGAAGAACGCUAUUACAAAAUUAGUCAGGUACUUCUUAAGACUCUUGGUUUAUGGCCUUACCAACAAUCAUAUUUCACGCGAAUACAUAAAAUGCUGUUUGCCAGCCUUCUUUUAACAUUUAUUCUUGCCCAGUUGUUGGUAUUCGUUACAACGCAAUAUAAUAUAAAUCUUCUUCUCAAGAUUCUUUCAACUGUUUUUCCUAUUCUUUUCGUCACUAUAAAGUAUUGUUAUUUUAUCAUUCAAGCAAAUAGUGUAAAAAAAUUAUUAGAACAAAUGCGAGAUGAUUGGAAAUUAUUGAAAAAUAAAUUAGAAGUUAUCAUUAUAGAAAAAUACGUUUAUGACAUACAAUUUUUUUCAAUAACUUCGAUAGUGAUUGGUUUUCUUUCUUUGUUAUUGCUCACAAUACUUCAAUGUUUGCCAUUUAUCCUUGACAUUAUAUUACCACUGAACGAAUCACGGCCCUUUCGAAUGUUUAUAAUCACAGAAUAUUUUAUCAACCAAGAAAAAUAUAUUUAUAUUAUAUUAUUACACGAAAUAUUAGCAUGUAGCAUAGCAUUAAUCGCAUUUUAUGGUACGUUGAUGACACUUGUGACAUAUGUAUGGCAUGCGUGUGCACUAUUUAAAAUCGCAAGUUAUCACAUAGAGAAUGCUGUCGAGAAAAGUGCGUUAGCGAUUUUAGAAAGACAGAAUCUAUUUUGUCAGAGAAUUAUAUAUGCAGUUUUCAUUCAUCGAAGAGCAAUCGAGUUUACCAAUCUUCUUGCAUCUAGUUUUACGGUAUUAUUCGCCAUUCUGAUUUUUGUUGGUGUCAGCUCUUUAAGUUUAUGUCUUUUUCAAUUUCGUCAAUUGAUAACAUUAACGUAUAAUAUGAUAGAUAUAUUGAUAUUUGCUUUCUUGAUUUUUAUGCAGUUGGCUUAUAUGUUUAUCACUAAUUACGCGGGACAAAUGGUAAUAGAUCAUGGAACAAAGCUGUUCCAAGCAAUUUAUAAUGGAAUGUGGUAUGCAGCACCAUUGCAUACGCAGAAAAUAUUAUUAUUUAUAAUGCAAAAAGUAGCGGUAAAUAUUAAUUUAGGAUAUAGUAGCAUAUUUGCCCUUUCCUUGAAAGGUUUUACUACGCUUGUAAAUGCGGCAGUAUCCUACUUCUUAAUGAUUUAUUCUUUGCGAGAAUAG